CAACUUUUGGUGCCUCUACACACAAUAUCACGAAGGAACAUCUCCAGAACUUGACGUGCCAGUCUCCGCCCAAUUCGCGGUUAAAUCGAUUGUCUCUCUUGUUCGACCCUCUCAAAAAGUCACAAAAUCAAUCAAAAUGAAGCAUCUCGCAGCUUACCUCCUCCUCGGCCUCGGUGGCAACAGCGAACCCUCGGCGAGCGACAUCAAGGGUGUCCUCUCAUCCGUCGGUGUUGAUGCUGAUGAUGAGCGCCUGGAGAAGCUGGUCGAAGAACUCAAGGGCAAGGAAAUCAGCGAGUUGAUCUCUGAAGGUUCGACCAAGCUUGCGUCCGUCCCAACUGGUGGUGCCGGUGGUGCUGCCCCUGCCGCUGGUGGUGCUGCCGCCGGUGGUGCCGCUGCCGCCGAGGAAGAGAAGCCAGCUGAGAAGGAAGAGGAGAAGGAGGAGUCUGACGAGGACAUGGGCUUCGGUCUCUUCGACUAAACAACUAUCGGUUUUGAAAUCCCACCAACUCACAUUGUCAAUCCAUCAGAGGCUGGUCAGUGACGGAUGCAAAGGCAACUUAUUGCUCCACCAGGGGAAAGCGAUGCAGCAGGAUGGUUCAAGAAGGCCUCUUGCUAUCAUGAGUUAAGGCCCUUCCUGUGCGUAGAUUGAGGCGCCUAGGUUUUAGACGAUCAAUGACAAUAUCAAACCGAAACAAAAUUGUACUUCCGUC